AUGAGUGAAUUAAGACAUCGGCGCGGGGAAGGUGAUGGAAACGACAAACUGGAGAACGCUGGCGAAUCUGAUCACGUUGAUUCGGAGGAGGAGAAGAAUAUAGAAGAAAAAUAUGUGGAUGAAUUGGCGAAGUCUUUGCCUCAGGGAACGGAUAAAACUCCGGAAAUCCUUGACUCUGCGCUUUCGGGACUAUCGUCAAGAUGGAGGAACUGGGUUAUCCGAGGCAUCUUCACCUGGUUGAUGAUUGCUGCGUUCUGCCUGCUCAUCUAUGGAGGACCACUGGCUCUUAUGAUCACAGUACUGUGCGUGCAAGUGAAAUGUUUCGAAGAGAUCAUCAACAUUGGUUACGCCGUCUACCGCGUCCAUGGUCUGCCAUGGUUCAGGUCCCUCUCCUGGUAUUUCCUGCUGACUUCCAACUACUUCUUCUAUGGAGAGAACCUCAUUGAUUACUUUGGAGUCGUCAUUAAUAGGACGGACUACCUGAAGUUCUUGGUGACGUACCAUCGCUUCAUCUCAUUCAGUCUCUACUGCGUGGGCUUCGUAUGGUUCGUCCUGUCCCUCGUCAAGAGGUACUACAUGAGACAGUUCAGUCUCUUCGCCUGGACACACGUGGCUCUACUUAUUGUUGUCACCCAGAGCUACCUCAUCAUCCAGAAUAUAUUUGAAGGUCUAAUAUGGUUCAUAGUGCCGGUGUCUAUGAUCAUCUGCAAUGACGUCAUGGCUUACGUGUUCGGCUUCUUCUUCGGAAAGACCCCGCUCAUCAAGCUGAGCCCCAAGAAGACCUGGGAGGGUUUCAUCGGUGGUGGCAUAUCUACCGUUGUUUUUGGACUUGUGAUGUCGUACAUGAUGUCCCAGUACCCGUACUUGGUGUGCCCCAUCGAGUACUCGGAGUCGCUGGGCCGCAUGACCAUGGACUGUGAGCCGUCGCUGCUGUUCCGGCUCCAAGAGUACACGCCACCGCAGUUCGUGCAGCCCGUUAUGAAAGUUUUUGGUAUGGAGAAGCUGAACAUCUACCCGUUCAUGAUCCACUCUCUAUGCCUAAGCACGUUCAGCUCAGUCAUCGGACCAUUUGGAGGAUUCUUCGCUUCAGGAUUUAAACGCGCGUUCAAAAUCAAGGACUUUGGUGACGUGAUCCCCGGACACGGCGGCAUCAUGGACCGCUUCGACUGCCAGUUCCUGAUGGCCACCUUCGUCAACGUCUACAUUACCAGCUUCAUACGUACCGCCACGCCGCAGAAACUGUUGCAGCAGGUAUACAACCUAAAACCUGAACAACAGCUGCAACUAUUCUACGCUCUGAAGGAAUCGUUGGAACACAGGAAUAUACUAAACUUGGUACCUUAG